AAAUCUUCAAGUAUAAUGCUUGAAAUGCAGCGUACAAAUGUUUAGAAGUAAACUAUAAAAAUUGGCUUCUUUAGAAUCCAAUGUACAAAAACAUUUGGAAUGUAACAUUAUUUUGUAGAAAUUCAGAUACAUACAACCUAUUAAAUGGUGAAAUCAUGAAAUUGCUUUAUCGUCCAUUGGUUGUUCACCAAUCUCCUCAAAGGGUAAUCUGUUAGAAGAUAGAACUAUCAAACUACAAAAGUCUUUACCUAAGUGGUUUUCAGCAUUCUGAAGGGUGUAGUCCUUAAUAAUAUUUCAGAAACACUUUAGGUUCUGAAAAAAGUAUUUAACACAUCCAGCCAAAAUUCUUGAGAAUGACCACUAAAAGUAUUUUGUAAGUAGCUACUGAGCAGGUUUACUUCCUUAGCAGACUAAGGAUUUCUUAGGACAGUUUGACCCCGAUUGAGCAUUGGUCAGUAGAUGAAUAGGUUUCAUUCUCUGCUCGUAUUCCUUAUCCUUUUGAUGGGUGAAAAAAUGUCACCAAUAUUUGGUAGAAACAGGAUCUUUAUAGCUACACAUCUUCAAAAUGUGAAGCUGUUGUAUGUUCUAAUAACCUAACUUCUUUUUUCAUCAAUAAAAAAGCUGCUCAAUGUGCUUAUAUUUAGUGACUUUAUUAUCCUUUGCUGAAAUCAUAGCAUAAUGGCAUUUUUCAAGCCUUUGCACAAUUGGGUUUGGUUAAUUUUCUACGUGGAUGACUAUUUAUCCUAUUGGCGGAGAAGACGAAGCUAAGAACAGCGAAUUGCAUGUUUUUUACCCAAGCUUUUAGUACAAUUGAUGCAAUUUACAUAUAUCCACGUAAUACGCAUAUGCAAAGGUACAUAUAUCCAGAUAUCGACCUUAGUUUGUUGCCCUCAUGCAUUCAUGUGUGAGACUGUAGUGCUAUGUUGAUAAGAAAAUCCCCAUUAGCGAGGAAGACAUGUAGCUGUCCAAGCAUUACUUAGUUACUACAUUUCUAUAACUUUUGAGAAAGACAUAUGAAUCUAAACCUAGUUGGUUGAUUUUAUCAUGCAGCACUUUUUGCAGUGUCGUAUUGAUACCCUUAAAGAAUGUUUGCCGAAUGUUUAAAGAUGUUCAUCGAAGAUAAAUUGAUGGGCCAUUUUAUCGAUUCAAAUAUUUUUAGGCAAAAGCAGAACGUGCUUCUUGUAGUUUAAAAUAGCAGCAAACGUUUUGCGCAGGUUUCCUUAGUAUUAUCAUCUCAUUUAGCACUAAUAAUGCAAACAGGUGCUUUAACCUUGAAUAAAUUUAUUGCUGCGAGACGAAGCCUUUCCAUAAGCAUUGAGGAGCAGUGAUAACACGCGGAAAUUAAUCACCAAAUUAGCCACUUGGGAUUAUGGGAUUAAGUUUAUUGGCCGAAAGGGUGGGCAAGUUUACUUUACAAAGUCGGACUAACGCAACGAGUAAAUUCGAAUUGUCGAUAUUUGAUUGUGAAACAAGACAACUGGAUUACAUUUUAAGUCAACAAUAUUUGAUGACAACGCCCAUGAUUGACGGCUGGCUAGGAUGUCGCGGAUUGGCCAGUAUAUCACUUACACAAUUGAAAGUACGUUAAAUUCAAAUUUGUUUAACAGUGAACUCGUUUGCACAAAUUAAUUGUUUUGCAUAGGGAAAGUAAAUUUAUUGACGACUGGUAGGUUAAUUGUUUUAGAACAAGGAUUACAAUGUACAAUAAAGCAGUCUGACGUUGUUAUAGUAUCAACUUAUGCGCCUAGGUCAAAUAAUUAUAAAUAACCUUAACUCCUCCUUCAACAGAUAGAUUUUUUGAUUCAGUUUCCCAUUCUUGUCUACACAUUUUCGAUAUGUUCCAACCUACCAACUGGUCACCCGAGGUGAUUGCAGUCUUAGCUAUGGAAUCAGAUGAAGCAGCCGCUCUUAUCUGCCUGGCUACCAACACGGGAGCAGUUAAUUCAAAGCUGGCUUUCCCAUGUUGCCUAGAGACGGCUCAUCCAAAAAUUCGUAUAUUAGUUUAUCAUAUUUGUGUGAUGAAUGCAAUGAUCCUGUUGUCUUGGUGCUAAAUCCUUACCUCUCCCUGGUUAGGUAAUUCUCAUCCAGGUUUACGCGAUUUGUUUUUAUCUCUGAUUCCCAUUUUAAUGCGAAUUUGCCCUGUGUUUUUCUCUUAAUUACGAUCAAACCUCGUUUAUAAACACAAUUAAAGCAUGUCUGUUUCUAAGUCCAAACUAAAAAUCAAUCUAGUUUCAUCAUAUCAACAGCCUAUGAACAUAUCCUUUAUCUACAAGAAAGAAGCUAUUAAAGCCCACAACCCUAAUUGCUAUUACCACUUUUAUGUACCCCAUUGGUAUGAUACAAAUGCAAUGAGGUUUGUAUAUUCCUAAUUCUUGGAAUCUAAAUACGAUUCUACUGCAACUUAACUUUUUGAAGUUAACGAAUUUUCAUUUCCUUGAUACAGAACUAGAUAUAGUUGUUCCUUCUAUCCUAAAAAAUCUACUCUACGGGAAAGUUUAAUUACUGUAUUUUGGUACAAGAAUAGUAGAGCUGUAGGAAACAGCUCUGGAUUUUUAGCUGUUCUCUGAAGACCUAACUAGAAGUAGUUUCAUUUUCAGGCAAGUAAAUGAAUUAGCCUUUUAAACGUUCUGGUAAUCAUGACGGAAAUAUCAAAAAGCAUCUGCGAACGUGUUCUUAAUUGGUGGGAAAUUAGUCAGUAAAACUUCUGAAAGAGGAAAAAACAUUUGCCUCUUGACAUUCUAAGAUUCUUGGUUAUAAGUUUUAGGUAUUAAUGCUUUAUGUAAAGUUAAUGCUUAUAAGCUUGCAUAUUGGAAAAUGAUUCCGAUUUCUUUAUUUCUUUAUUAAUAUUAAAAAUCAACUAUUUGUAGUUAAUUUACCAUAAUUUACCAUUGUUGACAAUGGUUAGCCAUAGUAGCUAUCACUUUCCUCACAAAGCAUGCAAAAUCUGGAAAAAUCUUAGUCAAAGAUUGUUCGAAAGUAGCCUUGAUUCUAGAUCAAUUUUCCCAUUAAUUCAACUCUAGACGUUUAUCGUAUCUGGGAAUAAUUUUAUACUGGAUGACGUUACGUGAAAUACAGAGUAAAUGGAGGUUUUGCAUGAUGGAAUUAGUUGUGCUUAAAAUGAUCUUAUGAGCUUUUCAGGCACUAGCAAUGACUGUGCAAACCUUCACUCUCCUAGAACUAUCUAAGUUGAAGUUAAGCUAAGAUGUAUUUCGCUGAGGCUGUUUCGAAGAAAUCGUCAUGAGAAUCUCUAACUAUGACCUCUUGUUAUGAGAAAAAGAUUUCCAUAGCCUUUGAAAAAUUAAGAGGUUUUCUAGAAAUGAUCGAAAAUCAACAAGAAUUUAAAAGUUUUAACCGGAAUUUCUUAAAUAUUCUAUUUCUGGUGUAGAUUUUAGCUAUUUAUCAAAAGUUAAUUCCAAGAAUUACGUCUCCAAAGGGUGAAAAGACUUACAUUUUGUCAUCUGAAAUACUGGGCUGCAAAUAUUUGAAACUCUUCAGUGCAUAGUCAGAAUCCCUGCAACAAGAUUUUGUGUCCAAGUUGCAACGAGUUAAAGAUUUUUUAAAUACAAUUUGGCAAACCGCAAUAUUUAGUCUAAAAGUGUAAAAACUGGCGGUAAAGUCUUACAGUGACAUAAGGAACAACUUUUAUCUUACUUAAAAACAACCAUAGUAGAGAUGGCAGCUACAGCAAUUUAUGUUGAAUUGAAGUUGUAUUCAUCUUGCAGCGUCCUUAUUCUAACGACAGGUUUAGGAGACUUAUUUUUAUUGCUGAGAGUUAAUUACCAUAAAACAGAACAAACAAUUCUGAUUAUAAACAUAAAAAUAUUUCUCUUUUCUCCAAUUUUUCGUUAAUCAGUAAGAAAUAGGCUGAACUGGAUUCUUGCAAUUUUAAGGCUGUUUCGGUCCAGCACUCGUUAGAAAUGGAACAAGACUAAGUGUAGACCCAGAGACCCUUAAAUCACGCCUUGUGGUGCUUCAUGGCAUAUCAAGAAAGUGUUUUGGCACAGCCAUCGACCCUUAGUGUUUUGGCACAGCCAGUGCUUUUGUAUUCCUGUAUCUUCUAUGUAUUUGCAUUUAUUAUCCCACCUGUGCAUGUAAUUUUAUCAUUCUUUUAUAUCAUUAGGCGAAUUAAGCACUGCCUUAGCAUCUACUGCGUUUUGUUGCUUCAAAGAUUAAUGAAAAUCUAAGAAAUUUAAGAUUCUGUUGCAGACUAAGACGCUGCGAUUAAUUUCAUUUUGAUGCGAUAAGCUAUUAAAACACUAAGACUGGCCGUAUAAAGCAUUCAAGUCCUUCUAGGAAUCCUGGCUAUUGCCUUUGCAUACUACAGGGUGGAUUAUCCGAUUCCAAUUAAGAUAUGUUUACAUAACACUAGGUAUGGACCGGCUUAGAUUGCCUUUGUAGAAGUAGGAAGGAAAGCAUGUGGUGGCGGAUGCUGGAUUUUGUAAAUUCUAAGCUUUGCGAAGAAUCAGUUUGGAAAAAGCCAGCUUAGGUGACAAUAUACUUCAAAGUAAGAUGCCUGAUCAUCAAUACUUAGAGGUAAUUGAUAAUCAACGAUCUGGAAAUGCUGGUUGUUGGUAUAUGGGGUAUGGCAAUUGCGAUGGAAAUGUACAUGCUCAGAAGUACCAAUAGGCGUUUCACAAUGGCGCAAAAUAGAAAGAAACACCAUGCUUGGUGCUCGAGUAUACUUUUUGUUCGAUAUUCCUCACACAGAGUAUAAAUCAUUGGAUAAGAACCAAAGCUCAAUCUAACUUUAUAUCAAGGUGCAAAUCGAAAGUAACGUGAGAGGAAGAAUGGUACAUUUGAUUGGCUCCUUUUUCUCACAGAUAGUAGCUUUGAAAAUAUUUUAGUCGAAGUGAGAAAACGAGUUUUUUGUCUACAGAUAUCAUCUUGUCAAUGAAGUGAACGGCGAGGAAAAUACCAAAAGGUAGUUGUAGCAGCAUUUUCAAUGAAGCAAUAGCGAAAAGAAAAGGGUUGGGUGCCUCUAGUUGCGCUUUGUCCCUUACGUGAGUUCACGUGGGUGUAUACACGUUGUAAGGCUGAUCGAAGUUCCCACUAGUUUUAAACACAAUAAGCAGCUACCUAGCAGCAUCUUUAUUGGUUAGCUCUCACCGUAAAUUGAUGCAAUUCAUCUUUAGUAGUACUGAGCACCUUCUUUGUGUUUGAAGCUCUAUGUUCCUUAUCGAAUUAUAUUGAAUCGCAACUGGCAGAGAAUUGAUGAGAAGCAGAGGGCAAAACAUUCUUCAGAGCUAUGGAAAUUCAGGAACCCGAAAUAGAAUCCAAAUAACGACCUUUGAAAAUAGACAAUACAAAAUCGUAGAUACAACCAUCCUAAUCUACAUUUAAACUCCAAAUCAACACUUCUCAAGCCAAUGCUAUUGUGUUCGCGUUAUGAGUGCAUGAUCUUCAUAUUUAGCUUUGAAACUGCUCUAAUAGUGAUGAAACUUGAAACCUAGUUCUUCCCUAUUACACAGUGGCUAUUAAUCUUGGCUUAUCAGCUGACGUAUGAAAAAUGAUGCUAGUAACAUAGCUUUAAUGUCACAAUGUUCGGUAUAAGUUGCAAUUCCUUCGAUAGACACUGAAUCAAAUAUUUGAAAAGAUCCAAAAAUCUUCGAUAUUUCUUCAUUGUCAGUCAGAAGUAUAGUUUGUAAAUCAGAAAAGAAACGUGUAGGCUUUACUUUUGACAAUGGCAUGGUUUGUGAAGAUAUGGGUAGCAUUGCUGAAUCCUAAAAAUAUCUGAUAUCUGAUAAAAUUUAAAUCGCGUAUUUAUCACAAUCUUCAUUUGUAAGUCGACGUUUUAUCAUUUGUGUGUCAAAAUCUCAGUUUCUAACGCACAGAUGGACAAAAGUUACUUGCAAAGAGGAACGCCAUCCCAAUUCUUGAAAAAUGCCUCUUGAUCGAUAAGAGUUGUCCUUUGAUUUAUGUUAUAUGUUACAGUCAACUGACACGUUACUUACUGGAAAAAUCUAGUGUUUUGCAAUGGGUGAUGCUUCCCCUGUCCCUUUUCAAUCUUGAUACAUUAGUGAAAGCUGCUGGUCUCUCGAGGUCGCUAUUCUUUUUCCACUUUGCUGCAAUUCUGCAAUAAUUUCCGAUUGGAGGCAAAAGAUCUACAAUAUACAACGAUUAUAAAACUGGUUUUGUUAGAACAGAUACCCAAUAAUAGUUGAGUUCACAAUGUCACCUGCUCAUGGGUGCCUUGAUUGUGCACACAUCUACUUCCUUCGUCACUGCUAUUAAUAGUUUCAGAAGAUUGAAGAGAGUUUCCUCGAUCGCGGCAUGGCGCGGCCAUUUUCACCAAACAAGACAUUUUGCGUCUUUGUGCCUUAUAACAGUGUACAUAUUAUUUUCUUCUUUCUGCGAAUAGGUUGAAUAUUUUGCCUGUCGUGAUGCCAAACUGGCAAACAUGCAGCUAGGUAACAAAUGGUGCCGAGAAAUGUUCACACGACAAAAUUUUUAUGAAUUGUUCGGCCGAUACUGGGAACUAUUCCAGCAACAUCGACGUCUUUCCAUGUUGUCCUACAAUGCUGCCAGAAUUUUCUACACGGUUACUUUUUGAAACUGGCUGUUUGAUGGAUGUUUAUCUAGAACAAUAUAAAAGAUAUUAAAUCAUAUAUUUGCCUGUUAUGCCUUUAUGGCCGAGCUCUAAAUAGGACCUCUAAAUCAAAGCCUACAAUAGCAAUUACAACUAAAUAGCUAUGAAUAAGAAUAAGGUGGGACACAUGCAUGCGCGGUACAUUAGAUAAUGUUUUUAUGACAGUAAACUUCUUGGCACUAUUUAGGCGAAUUAUAAUAAAGAGUUGAACUGGAUGGAAUUUGGAUUUGAAAUUAACCAGCUAAGUCGCUACUCUCUAAUAAGAUGUUCAUUUGCCUUUCAAUCUACUCUAAGGAAUCCAAAAGCCCUUUUAUAAAAGCCAUGAUCUCGUUUGUCGCCACAUCGUAUUUAACCGUAUUCGCCCUAAACAUAAACCUAGCCUUCUGGCGCCUAUCUGAUGAGGGGUUUCAGUUGCUAAUUAUUAAAAAAUUGAUCAUUUUAACCGUUAAGUAAUUCAUUUCCUAAUUCGAUGAAAGUUGAGUGUUACGCAGCUUACAUCACACAAGAUGACAGUAGAGUGUUUUUUUGUGGCUGUUUGGACAGUGCCUAUCUACAACCAUUAUCUAUAGUCGCUCUUCAUGGUACAUACAUCAUUCAGACAAAAAUUUAAUUCAGUUGAAAAACUUAGGCAUAUCCCUACCCCUGCAAGAUACAAAUAAGAUUAGAAAGUAUCCGACAGUCAUAUACGUGUAAAACAUUGGCAAUUGGACUAAUUUCUUUUUGCUAGUGAAUUCUAAAAAAUGAAAAAAAAAUUUAGUAAUUGCAUAUUUUUUGUUUCUGGAAUCAAUUUUGCUCAAAGAUAAAGUAAGAGCACGGUGGAUUGUUGAUAUUACAAACAUAUUCCAUACAUGCACAUUCCAUAAUCAUCCUAUCCUUCUCAUUAGAAACCAAUGAACUAAGCUUAAUGAUGUAGAGAAUGCUGCAAAGUGAUUUUGCUGGAUGGAUCCCCCACUCUACUUUAUAGGCGUGAGCACCCUUGGAAAAAAUUUAUAGAGUUCCCUCACAAUCAUCUUUCACUUUAAUUUUUCUGAUGAAACAUUAGAUCUCGAAAAAGCGAUAUGAAAAAUGGGGUUUGUCUAGCAACGACAGCAGUGUCUAGAAAUUCUAACAAGGCAGGAAAACAUGAUAACUAGAUGCAAAUCUACUUUCAAAUGCAUUCAUCGCAGGUUUUUGAACAACUAUCUGACGUCAUGACGCCAUAUUUACAAGUCAUUUAGCGCUGCAAAACCAUACAUUUAAGAAAUAUGAUAGCCACCUGCACCGUUUUCUUUUAUUUUUCGACUGCAAGUAAAAACGUGAGUGAAAAACUAAAGGCAAGUAGUCUUUCACUCAGAAAUCCAAAGGAAGCAACUUCUAUAUGUUGAUGACAUCAUAACUUGUUCAUUUCAGAUCAAUUUAUACUAACCAUUAAUCAAAGAAGAGAGUAUAGUGUCAAAGCCUGUUUAAGAAGUUAAGUAAUCAUCUAUGAUUUAAUGCAAUUGCGAAAUUAUAAAGAAAGUCAAAACACAGGCUAUUUAGAUCAUUAGGGUGAAAAAGCUAAGAUUGUCGCCCGACAAAGCUGCAGACAAUUUCUAAAGCCCUCAGUUCCACGUUAUUUCAAAGGAAUUUCUAAACAAUAUCUAAGUUAACAAUAACUGUUGAAAACCCGGAGCACCUGUAGGUUUAAUAACAUUAAGUAAAUAAUCAUACUUCUGACCUUUAGUCGCACUUUCACCUGUGUUCCUUUGUUCCUGUACAGUCUUACUGCCUUACGUGUACAAGAACCAUAGAAGACAUACAAAUGGUGGUUGUCUGUGUCGAAGGUACGUUUUUGUAUGCAAUCAAUAUAUUAUUUGUACCACUUUACAUUUAAAUUUAUAUACGUAUGCGGAUUUAUGCGGCUCUGAACUCUUUCGUACUAGCCGAUGUCGCUUUAUCGACCCUACUUAAAGAAUUUCGAUUGCUCCCGUACAGCUGGCAACGGAUUCUACGAUUUGCUAGCAUGGAAUUAUGGGAUUGCUAUGGAAUCUAUUUAGCUUAAACGCAGUCAUAAAUUGACAUUAUCUUUCAUCGGUCUCAAUGUGUAGUCAAAUCUGACUGUUUUACAGGCAACAUUGUGACCAAUAUGACAGAAACGGAGAAGACAGUCUCGCAAGUGUCGUCUACUAACUACUCCAUACGGGCCAUACUUGGCUUGAAGGAGGCUGACGAAUCCACCAGAGUCCCAGAAAAAGAGAAAUCAGCUGAUUUACAAGAUGAUAAUGAUUCGACCUCCUCAACACCACCACCAAAAUCAUCCAACAUGGCAGAAAAUCGUAAAUCGCAAAGUUCAAAGAUUCGUCGAAACCGAACGACUUUUACCACAUUUCAGCUACACGAGCUCGAGCGCGCCUUCGAAAUGACGCAUUACCCUGAUGUUUACACAAGAGAAAGUCUGGCUGCUAGAAUCUGCCUACCAGAGGUACGAGUUCAGGUUUGGUUCCAAAACAGACGGGCAAAGUGGAGAAGACAGGAUAGAGGUUACCCAUAUGACUACGAGCUACAAGACUAUCCAAGUCCGAAACAGUCGCCGUAUUUUCUGGACACUUACAAACGCAGUAAAGAUCCUUACUCGGUACGCCAGUACGGUGGACUGGUAUUUCCCGGCCUUAGUAAGCAACCGGGCAUGGUUGAGCAACAGUGCAACUGUAGGCAUUGUCAGGAGAUGGCCUUGACUAUUCGCACCAGUGCGAUCCACGAAAACCCAUUAGGGAUAUCCACAUCUAGUCGCAGUCUCCCAUUAAUAACAGCCAAAAGUGAAACCAUAUGUGUGCCAGCAGCAAAACCAUGUGGAUGCCGGCUAGAAGAUGAUGGGACGAUAAACACCAUUUGAAAAUUGCAAAAGGACAGUGCAUACUGCAAGCCCAUUGUGCAGUAUGCACAUGUCGACAAGCAACAGUUUUACGAGCACCUAAUUUGCAGUAAAGUCCAGGCACAGAUCUUAGCUGUUCGUACAACGAUGCCCCGGAAGUAUAUAUGAAAAACAAAUCCAAUCAAUGAAACUUCAGCGUCACUGGCAUCCAUGCAUUUGCCUACGAUGUCUCACCAGGCCCAAGCAUCAAGCCUCGGAAUGAAAUAUCGUACAAGGCAGGCUGAAUGGAGGUUGGAUGGUAAAGCAUUUGUUCAAAUCAACGACUGUUAUCCAAAGAUAGAUCUCAAGUGCAUAGCGAGUCUUAAUAAAAAACUUUGCAUUCAGACACACCUAUGCUGGGAUUUGCGGUACAUCCAUGCACCAAGACAUCGAGUAUUAACUCACGAAGUCCUAGUUUAUUAAAGGGCUUUAACGGUGAAGCACUUGCAUCCAAUAUAAUGAAUCUAAACAUGAACAUAAAUAAAUUCAUGACUGUAUACAUGAAGCAACAAGAUUGUAUUUAUUAAAACAGGGUAUUGACCGAGGAAAAGUAGCUACUAGCCUUGCAAAGUGUUUCUCAUUACAUGCAGGGAGUAUCGAGAUAACCAUUUCCUUAAAAGGCAAUGUAUAGAUACUUAAAUGUUUUAAGCUAUCUGUCAACAAUAUUAGCCAAUCAAAAAGCGAAUGAGUGGUAUAAAACUCAUUGUCCAAUUAUUGAUUGAAAGAUGGCUUAAGACACUUCAGUAUCUGCCAAAUGCCUUUAAAAACAUCGAUACUACUAAAAAAUUACUGUAGUGGCUAACUAUAUCAGCUGAAUUGCCAGAUUAAAAACUUUGUGCAUUGUGAAUUUCGAGCUUUUUGGCUUUGUGAAUGGAAAGAGUCAGAUGUUAUUUGAUUCUGAAAAUGGUUACAAAGAUGCAAUAAAUUAUGAAUUAUUUAGUUAUCUUAGCAUAACUUACCAUUAGCUAACAUUAAUGUUAGCGAUAAUAACUGUUGAAUGAAAAUGAUGCUGAUUUUGAUAUAUAUGAUAUAAUGACUGAAUGAUUGAUGAUAAUGGUACGCCGUCAAUAGCAGUUGACUACACGCUCUAAACUCCUUGCGCAAAUUUUAUUCCGCAUUACUUUUCAUCCUUUGCAUAAUUAAGAAGUUGAUGACUUCUUUCAACUAGGUUCUUCCUUCACAACGCCAACUAAAAAAGCUUUUUCUUACAGAAACAUUUCCAGGAGGUCCAUGAAUUGAUAGCUGAAAAUUAUGACAUUUGGGGCGAUAGAUGCAAGCUAUCCCUUGGGUGUCGAACUACUGCUAAUUGCCUCUUUAUCCAAAAAGAACACUAUCGAAAACGAGGCGUCAAUUUCGCAUGACUUUACUCUACCAACAUAAAAGGCAGAACUUUAUUAAAGAAUAUGCUGACUAUUAAGCAUAUUUCAAUGAAAAUCUUGCUUUAAUUUCUCUGAUCGCUGAACAAUUUUGUUUGAAAAGCUUAUGGUUGUACCUUGAUCGUUGAAUUUUAGAGUCUUACUUAGGGGCUUUUUCUAACUAUUCCUAAUCGUCUUCUUAAUCCUUUUUUGGGAUACGCCUCGAGUUCAUUCAGUUUUGCAAACCUUGACCGAUGCCUGGUAAUUUCACUCAAUGCCAUUCAUCUAAAGAAUAUAGUCUGUUUCAAAAUAUAGGUUUUGCUGUGAUGAUGACUGGACAUGAGUGGCUGAGCAGUACGAUGUUUCUAAAUCCAUCUGCUGUCCUCUCACUCAGCAGAUUGGACAGGUUUUAACAAUACAACAGUGCAGAGAAAAUCUCUACCGAGAUGA